UGUGGACACCACAGUGCAGAAGAAUAUGCUCCAUCCUCCAGAAAAGGGAUGCUGCAGUGCCUUAAACGGCACCCCAACUUUAUGACCAUGAAGACUCUGAAGAGUGUACAGAAUUACACCGAGUUCUUCAUGGAGGUGCAGACGGUGAUGGACUGCCCACGGGAGAGCAACUUCACCAAGCAAGAACUUUAUAGGAUGGAGUUGCGCUUCUGCUGCAAUGCCAGUCAGAGACUGUUCCUGACGCAGGAGAACACACGGGUGGGUCAGCGCAUCACUUACGAAGCAGAGAGGGCGUUCACCAAAACUGUGGACCAGGAGGUCUUCCACAUGCUACCAAAGACUGCCCCAUGGUGGACAGAAAGUAAUCUUCAGCGCUGUGCGGUGGUGGGGAACGGGGGGAUUCUCAGGAACAGCAGCUGUGGGGACGAGAUUGACUCCGCCGACUUCAUCAUCAGGUUGAAUUUGCCUCCGAUGAACUACAGCUCUGAUAUUGGUGUCAUGACCCACCUGGUAACAAUCAACCCUUCUCAGAUUACCAACAGCUUCAGGGGCCUUAAGUACUCACGGAAGAGCUUUGUGAAGCAGGCGGCCUCGUAUGGGCGCGCCGCCUUGAUGACGGCUGCUUUCUCAUACACGGCCAACACGGACAUCGCCUUCCGUGUCCUCCACACCAUGAGGGACAUGAGGCCCCAGCAGGAGGUGCUGUUCAUAAACCCAGACUAUCUAUUCAAUCUGGACCGCUUCUGGCGGCAGAAAGGGCACGCGGCGAUACGCCUGUCCUCAGGGUUCAUGCUGGUAAACACAGCCCUGGAGCUGUGCCAGAAGGUGGACCUCUACGGCUUCUGGCCCUUCAGCGUCACCCCUCAGCAGCAGAGUCUGCUGCAUCACUACUACGACAACGUUGGGCCGGUGAAAGGGGUGCAUCAAAUGACGGAAGAAUUCCUGAGGCUGCUGCAGAUGCAUAAUGAGGGGGUGCUGCAGGUGCACGUCGGAGAGUGCCACUGA